AUGGGUAAGAAGAAGGUCAAGAAUACGCUAGGAUUGCUGCCUACCGGAGUACCGAUUUUGGAGUUCAAAUAUGAGCAACCGCUCUUUGCAAUAGCUUGUCAUCCCGAUAAGCCGCUUAUUGUUGCAGGGAUGGCUACGGGACACAUGUACUGUCAUCAAUAUGAUGCUGCUGGACUUGUAAAAUUACUCAGAGCCAAUGAAAAGUUGUACAAUUCGUCUGAGAAUAAAGAUAAUCAAACAGUGAACCUAUGGGAAACUGUUGAUGUCCCUAGUAAAGAAGAGCAUUAUAAAACCCCAUCAGUAGAACUACUGUGGAAGUGUAGAAGGCAUAAGGGCAGUGUUCGCGAUAUCUGUUUUGAGAGCGACGGAUCCUGUAUAUAUUCAAUUGGGACAGAUAAUGUCCUUAAAAAGGCGGACACUCUAACAGGAAAAGUCGUUAAGAAGAAGACUUUAUCAGACGAUCCAAAAGUAAAGUACACUAAGAUGGUGAAGUCUUCCACUCAUCCCUUUCUGCUUCUAGGUACCGAAUCAGGAAACAUUGAAAUUUAUGAUAGUAAUAAACUGGAGUUGUUGAACGUUGUUAAAAAUGUACAUAAUGGAGAUGGCAUAAACGAUAUUUUCCAAUACGUUGGCAAGUCUGUGUACAAAUAUAUUUCUCUGGGUCAAACGACGCUUGCCAGCUGGGACUCGAGGAAACCAAAAGAAGGCGAAGUUUCUCAGCCUAAUGACGAUAAGGAAUCUAGAGAUAAUGUAUUUUUGAGCGACGACCAGGAAGAUGAAAUUUUAUGUGGGACUUUUGUUGAUCCUGAAGAUGGUGAAAUGCUAGUGUGCGGUAUGGGAGAAGGUGUAUUGACCGUUUGGAAGCCUAAAAAGAACAACCUAAUGGAUCAAUUGACCAGGAUAAAAAUCAAGAAGGGCGAAAGUAUAGACUGUAUCAUCCCGACGUUGCAAGCUGAUGACUCUAUCUGGUGUGGGUGUUCCGAUGGAAAAGUCUAUAAAGUCAAUAUGAAGAUUGGUAAGUGCGUUGAAAUUAGAAACCACAGUGAGAGUGACGAGGUUGCUUAUUUGGACUUGGACUAUGACUAUAGGUUACUUUCUGGUGGCAUGGAUUCCGUAAGACUUUGGGAUUCUUCUGAAAAAGCCCCUGAAUCUGGUGUUCAUAGCGAGGAAGUUGACGGCGAGUCAAAUAAUUCGAACUCCGCUUCCUCUUCCGAUGAAGAGUUAGAUUCUUCAGCUGAAAAUGAUAGUGGGGGCUCGGAUUCAGUAGCGUCAGACUCCGAAGAAGAAGGGGAACUUGUCGGUUUAUCACGGGAAGAGCUCAUUGCUGAGUUAGAUAAGGAUCUUGUUGUCGUCGAAAGUGAAGAAGAACGGAAUAUAUCCAAUGAAAAACCUCCUAAGAAAAAGAGGAAGCAAGAACAGAAAAACGUCAAUAAGAAGAAAGCUCCACUUGUCGAUAACCAUCACCAUGGUAUCAAUAAGUUUGAAGGACUAUAG